AUGCUGUGCCGCUCCCUCGUUCGUCGCUGCCAAACUGGGCCGCAGGGUCUUCGGCCAAGGUUUUCUUUAUACCAUCUUUUAGGGUGCUAUCAAUGUACAAAGGAAGAUGACCACUCCUCCCCUGGAGAAAUGGGAAUGCCAGUUCCUCCUUUUGGCUGCACCUUUUCAACAGCUCCAGAUGUGCAGCAUAUACUUGCCGUUGCAAACGAAGAGGGAUUUGUUAGGCUGUACGAUACCCAUACCCAAACAAGCAACCAGCAGAUUUUUAGAGAGUGGCAGGCUCACUCAAAUGCUGUUUUUGAUCUUGCCUGGAUGCCCAGUGAACACAAAAUUGUUACUGCUUCAGGAGACCAAACUGCAAAAGUCUGGGAUGUAAGGACUGGUGAGCUACUGGGAGUAUGCAAAGGACACCAGUGCAGCCUUAAGUCUGUUGCUUUCUCAAAAUUUGAGAGAGCUGUGUUUUGUACUGGAGGAAGAGAUGGAAACAUCAUGGUGUGGGACACCCGGUGCAAUAAGAAAGAUGGAUUUUACCGACAGGUGAAACAAAUAAGUGGAGCCCACAACAUAAUAGACAAGCAGACACCAUCCAAAUUAAAGAAGAAAAAGCAGAGUGUGAGAGGACUUGCGCCCUCAGUGGAUUUCCAGCAGAGUGUGACAGUGGUGCUACUCCAAGAUGAACACACCUUAAUCUCAGCAGGCGCAGUUGAUGGUGUAAUCAAAGUAUGGGACCUGCGCAAGAACUACACCACGUAUCGCCAGGAUCCAGUGCCAUCCCGGUCUUUCAGCUACCCUGGGAACAGCACUCGUAAACUUGGCUAUUCUAGUCUUGUUUUGGACUCCACUGGUACCAGCCUCUUUGCUAAUUGCACUGACGACAAUAUAUACAUGUUCAGCAUGCUGAGUCUGAAGAAUGCUCCAGUGUCCAUUUUCAGUGGACAUCAGAACUCCAGUUUCUAUGUCAAAUCCAGCAUCAGUCCAGAUGACCAGUUCCUGAUUAGUGGCUCCAGUGACCAAAGUGCCUACAUCUGGAAGGUAUCUGAACCCAAGCUCCCUCCCGUGACGCUCCAUGGCCACUUGCAAGAGGUCACCUCUGUUGCCUGGUGUCCAUCUGACUUCACGAAGAUUUCCACAUGUUCAGAUGACAACACCGUGAAGAUCUGGCGCUUAAGGCGAGGCAUCGGGGAAGAAAAGUGGCCAGACAGAAGCGGCUUGGCAGGUUGGAGCUGCCAGAAGAGAGUGGGAGAGCAAAGUGCAACAGGAAGUCUAAGCAGCAGGCACAGUACUCCGGCUAAAGUCCUUCCGACACGCAGCCCCCACAUUUCUUCACCCCAGCCUGCGGCUUGUGCUCCAGCUUACACAGGAGAUCUCCCUCUUCCCACCAAUACACCAACAUGGUCUUCAGUCAAGUCCCCAGCCGCCACCACUCACACCUCCACUCCAGCAGGACAGAAAGAGGCCGCUUUGGGCACUUCACCCAAGCCUGCACCACCCUCAGCAGUGUCCAUUAAACAGUGGGUCUCCAAGGCUCCCCACUCCUCUCCUCCUUUGGAGGGAACACAGACGCUUCCUCCACAAAAAGGCCUGGCAGGGGGAUUUGAGGCCGCAGUUGCUUCCAAAUCACCACAUUCGAGGUCUGAAGUGCGAGCCAAGCGGAGGCUGGAAUCCAGCAAGGGAGAAAAUGCAAAGUGCCUGAAAAGCUGCAACUGCGUGACUGAACUACACCACGUGUCUAAAAAAUACAGGCUGGACCAUAACACUUUGGGAGCAGGUUCAAAGCCUUGUGAGGACAACUGCCUGACCCACAAUGGACUAGUGAGCCCGACUGAGCCUUCCCCUCCUGGAAAUGCUUGUUCUUCUGCCGGCUUCCCAAAUAUUAUCCCUCUUCUCAAGGCGUCUUGUGGGGAAACGACUGGCAAAGAGAAUGGUUCCCCUGACAAAAGAAGCUGGCUGGCUGCUUUGGGGGACAAGCGACGGACUAACAAGUCUGGGAGCCCAAAUGGAUCAGGCAGAAGCCCCCAGUCAUUGCGAAAUCUGAACACAAGGCGACAGGAAGCUGGGACAGGGAUAACAUCACCGGGGCCGAUGUUAGCUACUUCUGUGCCCAUGAGGAAGAUUUGCACGUACUUCGAGCGAAAAUCGCAGAAAAACUGAAGAGCAAUGUCCACCUAGACCUGCUCUAAUGUUGUACCAUACUUUAGGCUACUGCUAAAGAACUUGGCACCACCCAUGGAAAAACACAGGUGCUCUUGGA